AUGGGUUGUAAUCAAUCAUCAUCAAAAGUUGGUGAUGUUCCUGGAAAAUCGCCAGAAAUUGUUGAACCGCCGCCUCCAGCUCCGGCUGUUGCACCCCCGCAAAAUGCAAAUAAUGGAAAUGCAUUGACUGUUCCCCCGUCAACUGCACCAUCACCAAAACCUUCUUUGUCUCGAAUGUCAACACCAAAUCACCCACCAAGUAUACAAGCGAAUUCAGAUGAUGGAUAUAAUAAUAUUCGCUUAUUAUUAUUAGGUUAGUUCUGUUUUUCAUAGAUCAGUUUCUCAUGAUUUUUUGCAACAAAAAUGCAGACAAAAUCUCCGAUAAUUAAAUCAAAAGAUCAAUUUUGAAUUUUUAUUUCAAGAACGGAAAUGUUUUCGGUAAAGAUUAGGUUGACAUCAUCUUGGAAAUAAUUUUUUAAUCCUCAAAAAGUCAGAAGGGGUACUGUAGUUGAAGAAAAAUGAUAUCAUCGUCCUACGUCUAUUUAGGUAUGUAGUGGUCUCAGAAAUCGGACUACAAAAUUAUAUUUCUCGUCUGGGUAAUUUCUUAAUAUUCUGAAAAUCCGAACAAAGAUAUCUGGUUCUAACAAGUGUUCUAAAAGGUUUACAAAAUUGCACAAAAACUUCUCUUAUAAAUCACUUUUUUCUCGAACUAAAUUUUUCUAGGCUCAGCUGAAAGUGGAAAAACAACACUUCUUCAACAAGUUCGACUUCUUUACAAACAACCAUUCACAGAAUCCGAAAUAUUCCAUCGUCGAGCAUUUAUUUAUUUCAACAUUUUCAAAUCGAUAAAAAGUUUAGUGACUGCGAUGAACACUUUUGAACAAGCAUAUGAAGAUCCAAUAAAUGCAGGAAGAGCUCAAGCAAUCACAGAAGAUUAUGAUAGACAUAUGGGAAUGUUUGCACCAGAAAUGGUGAAUCGAAUUAAAACAAUUUGGAAGGAUAAAGGAAUUCAAAAAAUGUAUGCAAGAAGGAGUUCGUUUAAUUUGAAUGAUUCAGCCGGAUAGUAAGUAUAAAAAAUGAUGGAAGUUUUCAGACAACGUUCUAAACUGUAAUUUUUCAGCUUUCUGGACAAUAUCGAUAAAAUCAAUCAAGCAAAUUAUAUGCCAAAUGAAAAAGAUCUAAUAAUGUCAUAUGUUCCAACAGUGGGAGUUCAAAAUGUGAUCUUCACCGCAAACAAGAACUCUUUUCAGUAAGUUUUUGAAACUAUCUAGAAUUCAAUCAUAUUUUUCUAGAUUAUUUGAUAUUGGUGGACAACGAAUUGAUCGGCGAAAAUGGGCGACUCAAUAUGAUGGAAUCGAUGCGAUAUUUUUCUGUUUAGCAAUAUCGGAAUAUGAUCAAGUUAUGAUGGAAGAUUUAGAAACUGUAAGUUCUUGCGACUCAAUUUCCGCUGAUUUAUUUUCUCUAGAAUCGACUUGAUGAUGCUCUUCAACUUCUCAAAAAAAUCAGUGAUGAACCGAAAUUUGAGAAAACUCCAAUUUAUCUAUUUUUGAAUGAGGUUGAUGUGUUUCGAGAGAAACUCAGCGAAAUUCCCUUGGAACAAUUCAAACCAAAAUUUCAAGGUGGAAAUGAAGAAGAUGCGCUGGAAUUUAUCGAAAGUUUAGCCAUGGAAGCAUUGGGAUCACGCGAGAAAAAUUUGUAUCGGGUUUAUAGAAGUAUUGCAAUUGAUACAAAAAUGAUGUCCGAAAUGUUAACAGCGGUUAUUAAGGAUAUUAUAAAGAAGAAAAAAUGA